GGACUUUAAGAAGGCAGUUCCAGUGGCUCUAGACCAGUUAAGCAGGCAUACUGAGUGGUGUGGCAGCCGUAAAGAGACCAACUAAAUCAAUUAACUCGAUGGUUUUCAUGAAGACCUCUUCAUAUCAAAACUUCUUUAUUUAUAUGCAUCUCCUCUGAUCCUGUGGCAAUGAAGAUUGACAUCCACACUCAUAUUCUACCAAGAGAAUGGCCAGACCUAAAAAAGUGGAGGGUGUGCCUUAUUUCAGAACCUCAGGACGGAACAGGCUGUCACCACCACGCCACCCCACUGCCAUCAUUGCCUGUCACCACCACCACCAUCAUCCCUGGUGCCACCACUGCUACCAAAUUCACCUCCACAACCAUCACCACUGCCGCGUCAUGCCUCCAGUACCGCCGUGCCUGCCGAGACCACCACCACCACCUCUGCCUCCCCUUGCCAUCACCGCGGUCACUGCCAUUAUCAUUGUCGCCAUCAUUGUCACUGUUAGCAUCGAUGAGGCCCUUUCUAUAAGCCAGAGAUUCGGUUAUGGAGGCUGGGUGCAGCUCCAACACAAUGGCAAGGGAGAAGCAAAGAUGCUGAAAGAUGGGAAGGUCUUCAGAGUGGUCCAAGAGAACUGCUGGGAUCUAGAAGCUCGUCUUAGAGAAAUGGACCAAACAGGAGUGACUGUGCAAGCCCUUUCCACGGUUCCCGUCAUGUUUAGCUACUGGGCCAAACCUCAGGACACUUUAGACCUGUGCCAGCUUCUGAACAACGACCUAGCUGCCACCAUUGCGAGCCACCCCAGGAGGUUUGUGGGUCUGGGGACAUUGCCCAUGCAGGCCCCUGAGCUGGCGGUUAAGGAGAUGGAGCGCUGUGUGAAGAAGUUGGGCUUUCCUGGGGUUCAGAUCGGCUCCCACAUCAACGAGUGGGACCUGAACGCACAGGAACUCUUCCCAGUGUACGCGGAGGCUGAAAGGCUGAACUGUUCCCUAUUUGUGCACCCCUGGGACAUGCAGAUGGAUGGACGGAUGGCCAAAUACUGGUUCCCUUGGCUCAUAGGAAUGCCAGCUGAGACCACUGCAGCCAUCUGUUCCAUGAUCAUGGGUGGAGUGUUUGAGAAGUUUCCUAAACUGAAAGUGUGCUUUGCACAUGGAGGUGGUUCCUUCCCCUUCACAGUUGGAAGAAUCUCCCAUGGAUUCAGCAUGCGUCCUGAUCUGUGUGCACAGGACAAUCCAACCAACCCAAAGAAAUACCUUGGUUCCUUUUAUACAGACUCCUUGGUUCAUGAUCCUCUGGCCCUCAAGCUGUUAACAGAUGUCAUAGGAAAGGAUAAAGUCAUUUUGGGAACUGAUUACCCCUUCCCACUAGGUGAGUUGGAACCUGGGAAACUGAUAGAAUCCAUGGGAGAAUUUGAUGCAGAAACCAAGGAUAAACUCAAAGCUGGCAAUGCCCUAGAAUUUUUGGGUCUUGAAAGGAAACAAUUUGAAUGACUGAAUUUAUUACAAAGGCAAAUUUCAAGAAGACAUUUUACUUUUGCUUUUAAAUACGUAUCACAUAUGCAUUAUUGAAAUCCUAUUUUGAACUCUUUUAUCCAGAAAUAGAAUAUAUCCAAAUACCCUAAACUAUUCAUAACAAAAACGAUUCUCAUGUUUUUAUUCUGAAAAACAGCACAUUAUUUCAUGUGCAAAAAUUAUUUUCCUACAGCCUUUAAAAUUAAUGGCAGAAAUAAAAAGCAAAAUGCCAUUAAUGAUUCAUAUGAAAAAAAAUAACAGAUUCAUCCUAGAGGGUUUAUGUAGGUUCUCUACCUUGAGCAAAUAUUUGUUCAGUUCAGUUCAGUUCAGUCGCUCAGUCGUGUCCGACUCUUUGAGACCCCAUGAAUCCCAGCACUCCAGGCCUCCCUAUCCAUCACCAACUCCCAGAGUUCAACUCUCAGACUCACGUCCAUCGAGUCGGUGAUGCCAUCCAGCCAUCUCAUCCUCUGUCGUCCCCUUCUCCUCCUGCCCCCAAUCCCUCCUAGCAUCAGAGUCUUUUCCAAUGAGUCAACUCUUCGCAUGAGGUGGCCAAAGUACUGGAGUUUCAGCUUUAGCAUCAUUCCUUCCAAAGAAAUCCCAGGGCUGAUCUUCUUCAGAAUGGACUGGUUAAUAGGUCCCAAAUAACCUAUUUUUAUUCACUUUAAAUACCUUCCAUUAGCUCAGAAGUGGGCUGGGAAUGCUUUAGAGUCCAACACAUUUUCCAUAAUCUCUAGGAACUUACAGCCCAAUUAAGGAGGCAAAAUACAUGUUUGUGGAAUAAUUACUAAGCAAUAAAAAACGCAUGUCACAGAAUUUCAGUUAAGAAAAAUUCAUUUGAUUCCAACUUUGGGCACAUCUUCACAGAAGCUGGAACUCGAGAUGAGUCUAUAAAAAUGAAUAAAGCAUGUUAAGAGUUGGAAGAUGGUAAAUAGGAAGGCAAAACAAUGGGAACAUAGUUUCCAUAUGAAUAAGAACUUAUCUAUUCUGGAGAGAAGUUUCAGUAUAUAAUUUAUUUUUACCAGAAACUCUUUCCAUUUGAAAUACCGAGCAGACUGUGUAAAGCAAGCUGCGGAGGUUGAGCAGGGCAAUACCAGGGUAGACUGUUAUACUGACUGCAUUUCUAUUCGUUCCACCUGGGCUGCUGAAGAUGAACUUGGUUCUGAGAGGGGUGAUUAACAUCUGUGGUUCAUGUACCUCUGGCUGAAUUCUAAAACGUAAUUUUUCAAAAUUA